AUGUGUGGUCUUUUCAAAGAAAUCAUGUGGGCUACAGAAGAUCUUGAUACAGAGGAAGAUCGCGCUUCAUUCCGUUUCACACACUACAUAAUGAUCAAGAAAGUUCCAAUGACAGAAGAUGGCUUGGUGUUUCAGAACAUAGAAGACGAAUUCUUCCACAAAGAAUCCCCUGUUAAAGUUGAAUUCCAAACUGGAGGCGAAGAUGGUGAUCUAGAUGGCGUUGAAUAUCAUCACAUGGUCUUACUCUUUGAUCCAGAGGUUGCAAAGAAAGUUCGCGCUCAGCUUAAUGAAACGUUUAUGAUCGAUGAGUCUAUUUACGAAAAUGAAGACACUAAAUAA